AUGGCAUCGGAAGAGAAGCCCGUACGGGUUACGGAUGACCUAGAUCGAUGUACAGAAAACAAACACGAACAAAACCAUGACCCAGCUGUCGAUGCCGAGAAGCCCUUGCCGCUGGUAAAUAUUGUGGCUGUUGGCAUCGGUUUAUGGUUUGCCGUGUUCUUAGUUUCGUUGGAUCAGACAAUAGUAGCCAAUGCCACACCCAGCAUCUCGGACGACUUCCAGAAGCUAUCCGAUGUGGGUUGGUACGGUAGCGGAUAUCUCUUAACUACGGCAGCUUUUCAGCUCUUCUACGGAAGAGUCUAUGCGAACUUCUCUAUUAAAUACACCUUCCUCGCUGCGAUCAGCAUUUUCGAGCUCGGAUCCCUAGUAUGUGGCCUCGCUCCAACUAGUACAGCCCUCAUCGUCGGUCGUGCCAUAGCCGGUCUAGGGGGGGCCGGCAUCACGUCCGGUGCUAUGAUUAUCAUUGCUAGCUCUGUUCCUCUACGAUUUCGCCCGAUAUUUGUUGGUUCCCUCGGAGCUGUCUUUGCCGUAGCGUCGGUCUUAGGGCCCAUACUCGGCGGGAUAUUCUCAACCAAGCUCACGUGGCGUUGGUGCUUCUAUAUAAACCUUCCAUUCGGUGGUGCCACAAUAGCUGCCAUCCUGGUUCUUUUAAACCCUCCAAAGCGCCCUGAGCUCGACUCCAUUUCUCUGAGGGAAAAACUGAGCAAGAUUGACAUAGUUGGCUCCUUAAUUUUCAUCCCUUCCAUUGUCUGUUUGUUACUAGCACUCCAGUGGGGCGGUUCGACUUAUUCAUGGAACGACGGCCGGAUCAUCGCGCUAUUCGUUAUAUUCGCCUUAUUAGGGGCUAUAUUUCUAAUAUUUGAAUAUUGGAAGGGUGCCGAAGCUACGUUCCCACUCCGAAUUCUAACCAGGAGGAGCAUGGCCGCCGCCACAUGGAAUUGCUUCUGUAACGGAGGAACGUCCCUCACGUUUAUUUAUUACAUUCCUUUCUGGCACCAGGUUAUUCGUGGUGUCAACGCCGUCGAUGCCGGAAUCGCACUACUUCCAUUCGUCUUAGGAGUCGUUAUCAUGGCUAUGAUUUCGGGAGGGUUGGUCUCUAAAUUUGGAUACUAUGCUCCGAUGAUGAUACUUGCCUCUAUUAUUACCCCAGUCGGAGCAGGCCUUCUAACCACCUGGACGGUGGAUGCGACCUUCUCUCAAUGGGUUGGCUACCAGGCGCUGUUAGGAAUAGGUUUAGGACUGGGCCAGCAACAACCCUAUAUGGCGAUACAAACUGUCCUACCUAAGGCGGAUAUACCUUCGGGCACAUCUAUUAUUUUACUUGUGCAGACAAUCAGCGGGGCGAUAUUCGUUUCCGUGGGUCAAUCUGUGCUCCAAAACGAACUAAUCGAAAACCUUGCGGCGGCAUUCCCUAACGGUGGUAUUGAUCUGCCAAACCUCGCGAAUAUUGGAGCAACCCAAAUUCGGUCUAUUACGCCGCCGCAAUACCUACAGGCGGUCUUAGUGGCUUACAACCGUGCUCUAACCAAAGUCUUUACAGUUGGUCUAUGCACCUCGGCGCUUACUUUGAUCGGCAGUCUCGCAAUAGAAUGGAAGAGUGUUAAGAAAUCUAAUAAUUAG